AUGAACGAGUCUUCCGGCAGCCUCAGCACUCUACCCGUGCUUCCCGGAGUCAGCGGCCCGAACGGCGCGCUCGCGGCGGGCGGGCGGCUGCACGCGUCCGGCUACGUCACCGCGCUCAUCCGGGCCACGCAUAUGAUACACAACGUGGAGCAACUGGAGACCGCCGAGACGAUAGUAGAGUCCCUCAACUCGUCGCUGACAGCUCUCAUAGCCACCGACAGCUUUGAGUCCAUGACGUUGAUCAAGAUGAGCUGCGUGCUGAUAUGGCUGGUACACUCAUCUAACGAAGACUUCAAAGUGGAUCGCGCCGCAUUGAGCGACGGCGAGGCACAAGCGGCGCGUCUGAGCGAGGAGUUGUCGGCGGCCGCCGUGUUGGCUCUCCUACUACCCGCAUAUACGCUUCAGGCGCCACCGGAGCGAGCGUUGCCUGCGCUGAAAGUGUGGCUGCAAUGGUGCGUGCAGCACGUGGAAUUCGUGCGGGGCGCCGCGUGGCGCGCGCGGGCGGCGCUGUGGCCGGCGCUCGCGCACACGCUCAACGCGCUGGCGCCGCUCGCGGGUCAUGUCACGCCGCACGCUGCGUCGGCGCUGUGGCCGGCGCUCACGCUGGCGCCGCUGGCGGGUCAUAUCACGCCGCACGCUGCUGCACUGUCGCUAUUACUCCAUACUCUCGUCUGUGACGCGCGGGCGGCGCUGUGGCCGGCGCUCGCGCACACGCUAAACGCGCUGGCGCCGCUAGCGGGUCACGUCACGCCGCACGCUGCGUACGAAACAGUGCCUCUCCCAGAAGACGAGGAGCUUCACGGGUUUUUACCUUUAGAAGAGGAGCUGAAACCGCUGCGGUUCGCCAACCACGCCGCCUGGGACGCGUACGGAGGCCGCGUGCCCGACGUGCCGGAAUCCGCGCCCGAUGACGACCCCCCAGCCGAAGUCCCUGCGAGCUGUCUUAGCAGUGAGCCGGAAUUGGAGCGGCGGUUGCGCGCACUACGGUUGGUGCGACUGGGCCGUCGCCUGGCUGAUAUGUUUCCCGAACACCUGCAGUGCAAUGAAGAAGACGGCGUCCGCUUCACCGCGACAUCCGUAGGAGGUGAACAGCUGUCGGCCGCGCUGGCCGAGCUGUCGCUUGCACGCGCCGCCGGCGGGGAGGGGGCCGACGAGGGGGAGGGGGAAGGGGAAGACGACAGCGACGACGAGCCCGAGCGCGCGCCGCCGCCUAUUGUGAUCUCAGAGGCCGACUUCAGGGAGAAGGGUGAGUAG